GACACUACUACUUGUUGGUUCUGCCACUUUUUGACACUUUUGUUAGCAUUUUUCGGAUACUCAUGGCUAUUUGUGAGUCGUUAAAGGCCGUCGUGCAACGGUGUCAGAGGAAGAUGAACACCAAGGAAGACAGUGAUACACUAGAGAGCCACGAAAAAGAAGGUGGUUCCAGCCGUCAGUCCAGGAUCCGGGACAUCGAGAGAGCUCAACAUGCUGAGUUAGCUGCACUCCUCCAACGUGCAGAGAGGCUGUGUGCGUCCCAGAAAGCCAGAAGCAACGCUGUUCUGGAGAGAAUGGGACUCUCCAUCCAGCGGGACACCCCCCGCUCACCUCAGCCACCAGCGUCUCCCAGAAGGAGUCCUAGAUGCUCUCUUCCUGGGAGAAGGACCCGGCCCAUUGCAGAGGAGGACGACAGGAGUUGGACGUCCAUCACUAACCAGAUGUUGUUAGAAGACGACCCUUUCUUGGAGAAGAAGCUGCAUUUGGGCUCCAAGAUUGCGACACUUGCCUGUAAAAUUGCCAUGCUGAGAGAUGCAACCAGGAGCCCAAGCCCAGACUCCCCCCUCAGCUCUGUGGACACCCACACCUCCACUGAGCUGAGGGACAUUUCACUCCUCCGGUCUUUCACACCCACUCCUCCUCCUAGAGCUGUCAGGAGACCGAGCCCAGACUCCCCCCUCAGCUCUGUGGACACCCACACCUCCACUGAGCUGAGGGACAUUUCACUCCUCCGGUCUUUCACACCCACUCCUCCUCCUAGAGCUGUCAGGAGACCGAGCCCAGACUCCCCCCUCAGCUCUGUGGACACCCACACCUCCACUGAGCUGAGGGACAUUUCACUCCUCCGGUCUUUCACACCCACUCCUCCUCCUAGAGCUGUCAGGAGACCGAGCCCAGACUCCCCCCUCAGCUCUGUGGACACCCACACCCCCACUGAGCUGAGGGACAUUUCACUCCUCCGGUCUCUCACCCCAACUCUUCCUCCAAGAGCCGUCAGGAGACCGUCUCGCAUCCCAGUGAUGAAGCGGGGUGGAGCAGGUAUGUUAAUACUGUUGAGUGAUGACUUCCUUUUUGGCAAGAAGGAAGCUGAUAGAAAGCUCCAGUCUGCAAGAAAUACAUCUGAGGACAUUCGUGAGACCGUUGAGAUAAUCCAGCCCACCCAGCGUCCUUUACGAGCUAGGGUUAGUGACCAAUCAGCAGCCCCGAGAAGGACCCUGGCGUUGGCACCCAAGGCUCCAGCACCACCAUCCAAAUCUGCCCCGCUCAUCAAAAAAGGACCUCGCCGUGGGACAAAACUCCGCGCACAGGCUGUUGCAGCUCAAGAAGACCUCCAGCCCUUCAUCAACCCUGCAGAGAAACUGUCCCUGUCCUUCAGACAGCUGUCCUCAGACGACUGGGAGAAGAAACUGGACGGACUGAAGUUGGUUCGAACUUUGGCACAACACCAUCCGGCAUUACUGCAGACCAAACUGCACGAAGUCUGCCUGGUCCUCGCAGAAGAGGUGAAUAACUUGCGCUCCGGUGUGGCCUGUGCAGCAAUGGCCACCGUGGCAAAGCUCCAUGUUCACCUGGGGAGGGCCUUGGACCCUGAGGCAGAGUGGAUAGGCCCCGCCCUGCUGCUGAAGUUCGCCCAGACAACCACCGCCUUCAUUCUAGAUCAGGCUAACCUGGCCCUGGAUGCGCUGGUGGAGGGCUGCAGCCCUGGGAGAGUACUGACCGCUCUCCUCAACAUCGGGCUGAGGCACCGUAGUGCUGCAGUGAGGGGGUGCACAGCACAGCACCUCCACCAGCUGGCAGAUAUCAUGGGUGGGAAUCAGAUCUUCGCAGCAGGGAAGAUCUUCGCUGAGCGUUUCCUUACUGCCGUCAGUAAGAUGGCGGUGGACGCUGCACCAGAAGUCAGGCACCAUGGACAGAUGAUGCUCCGGGGCCUCGCUGACCAGAAGGAGUUCCUGGCUAUGUGGGAAAAGAUCAUCCCAGCCAAAGACAGAAGUCCCUUGCAGAAGGUGUUAAAGAAUAUUCAAUAG